AUGAAGACCUUCUUGCUGGCACUCCUUGGAGUGGCUUCACUCCUGCAGCUCACCCUCUCCCUGAGAAUCGGCGCUUUCAACAUCCGGGCCUUUGGGGACAAAAAGCUCUCCAACCAGACCAUCUCCAGCUUCAUUGUCAGAAUACUGACCGCCUACGAUCUUGCCUUGAUCCAGGAAGUCCGAGAUGCUGACCUGAGUGCAGUCAAGAAGCUGAUGCACCUAGUCAAUUGGGCAUCGCCAAAUGCCUUCAGCUAUCUGGUCAGCAAGCCUCUGGGGCACAACAGCUAUAAGGAGCAGUACCUCUUCAUUUACAGGCGGGACAAGGUCUCUCCGGUGGAGAGCUACUAUUACAAGGACGGCUGUGAGCCCUGCAGCAACACCACCUUCAGCAGGAAACCCUUCAUUGUCAAAUUUGCUGUCCCUCAAGCAGAAGUGAAAGAGCUGGUCCUGGUGCCCCUGCACGCAGCUCCUGAAGCUGCAGUGACCGAGAUUGACGCUCUCUACGACGUCUACCAGGAUGUGAAAGGCAGGUGGGGGGCCACGGAUACUCUCCUCCUGGGAGACUUCAACGCCGGCUGCAAGUACGUCCAGGUGGAGGACUGGCCCUCCAUCCGUCUGCGCUCCAUCAAGGACUUCCAGUGGCUCAUCCCGGACACGGCAGAUACCACGGUGACCAACACCAUCUGUGCCUAUGACAGGAUUGUGGCAGUGGGUUCAAAGCUGAGAGAGAGCAUCUUGCCUGCAACAGCCAAGGUGGACAACUUCCAGAAGACCCUGAAGUUGAGCUCCAAGGAUGCCUUGGCUGUAAGUGACCAUUUUCCAGUGGAGGUGACCCUAAAAUCCACCUGAGCCCCCCUGGCCCAAGAAGGCCACAUCCAGCCUGCAGCCCUGUCCAACUACUUCAAAGAUGCUGCUCGGAUUGCCUCGG